AUGGAAGGAAAAAAUUGCCUUAGCAAUUUCUUUGAGAAGGCUAAGCCUUACAUAGCUAUGAUUUCUUUGCAAUUUGGUUAUGCAGGAAUGAACAUUAUUACAAAAGUUUCCCUUAAUAGAGGCAUGAGUCAUUAUGUACUAGUGGUUUAUAGACAUGCCUUUGCCACUGCAGUUAUACCUUUGCUCUUGUACUUGAAAGGUAAAGUGAAUGCACUUAAGAACUCCGAAAGAAUCUACCUGACGUUGACAUGCCUUUGCCACUGCAGUUAUCCCUUUGCUCUUGUACUUGAAAGGCCUGUCAUUGAUCAAAACUUCUACUAUGCUGGACUUAAAUUUACUUCUCCAACUUUCUCAUGUGCCAUGAGUAACAUUCUUCCUGCAAUGACAUUUGUUAUGGCAGUCCUCUGCAGGAUGGAGAAGUUGGACAUGAAGAAAGUUAGAUGCCAAGCAAAGGUGGUGGGAACAAUAGUGACAGUGGGUGGAGCCAUGUUAAUGACAGUGUACAAAGGUCGGGUAAUCAACAUGGUUUGGUCCAAUUUUGUUCAUACUAGGACCUCCAACGUCCCUGAUACCAUUGAAGCCACUGACAAAGAUUGGGUUAAAGGAUCAAUUCUGCUUAUCAUUGCUACUCUUGCUUGGGCUUCUUUCUUCAUCCUUCAGGCUCACACACUGAAAAAAUACACAGCCCACCUUUCCCUCACAGCCCUUGUGUGCUUCAUGGGAACACUUCAAUCUAUAGCUAUCACCUUUGUGAUGGAGCACAAAUCAUCUGCUUGGGCCAUUGGGUGGGACAUGAACCUCCUAGCUGCUGCCUAUGCUGGUAUUGUUUCAUCGAGUAUUGCAUACUAUGUCCAAGGUCUUGUGAUGAAGAAAAGAGGGCCUGUCUUUGUGACUGCUUUCAGUCCAUUAAUGAUGAUUGUAGUGGCCAUCAUGGGCUCUUUCAUCCUCGCUGAAAAGAUAUAUGUUGGAGGUGUUCUUGGUGCCGUGUUGAUUGUGAUUGGACUUUACUCAGUUUUGUGGGGUAAAUACAAGGAAUAUAAAGAAAAGGAGGCUCGUGAGGAAAUUCCUGAACCAGUAAAAUUAGGAAUCACAGGAAACAACCAUACAAUGAUGAUAGUAGAUAUUGAAGCAAACAUAGAAAUGCGCAGACUUGAAACUAAGAAAGUACUGUCUUUUCCAGCGAUAGCAAUUAGUGCUCCAAUGCCACAGCCUCCCAUGAUAGCCAUGGAAACUCCAAAACCUUAA